AUGGAGACCCAAUGCAGACGCAUAGAGAAUAGGUUUCUUAGUAAGGUGAGAAUGGAAGGGCAGAGAAGAGUGUUGGCAAUGAAAUUGGAGAGGCCGAGGACUCAGAACCAAGAUGGGUUUUGCGUCAUGACGGAAGACCAAGUCGAGCAACUCCGGAAACAGAUCGCCGUCUACGCCGUCAUCUGUGAGCAGCUUGUUGAUACGCAUAAGGCCUUCACUGCCCAACAGGAUCUUGCUGCAUCAGUACGUCUUUCUGGUCCAGGAAUGAAGAUGGGAAAUGUGUAUGGCGAUUCGAUGGCAUUUGGUGGCAACAAGGUAACUGCGAGGCAGCGGUGGACGCCAUCAAAUACGCAACUUGAAAUCCUUGAGCGUAUCUAUAAUGAAGCCAACGGAACUCCAGGAAAGCAGAGAGUUAAAGAGAUAACCAAGGAACUCUCACAACAUGGCCAAGUUGCUGAAACUAAUGUUUACAAUUGGUUCCAAAACAGAAGAGCUCGUUCAAAGAGAAAGCAAUCGGUGCCAACACGGAUCAAUACAGAAUCAGAUUGUAUCUCCCAAGGAUAA